AUGGAGCGGGCGGGACGGCGAUCGAAAGCAGGCUCGUUAAGUGGUCUGUCUGGUGGUCUCGGGAGUGUCGUGACUGGUGGUGGAACGGGCAGCGUACGCAGGCAACGCUCGUUGGAAUGGGGUGGUGAUAGGUAUAGCAGCAGCGACGACGAUCGUCCAACUCAACCACCAAAGAUUGCCGACAGAGUUUUCGCCUCGCUUCUUGCGCAAGCUACGCAGCAGUUUGACAGUGAGUGA